CAGUCCUCAAAAUUUUCUCAAAUCUCAUAAGCCCCCCACAGAAGUUGCAAAAUCACCCUCCGCCGUGUCAAUGCACUGAAGCAACAGCAACCACGGAGAAGCAAAACCUCUUGCCGCCACUGUCAUGGCGGCGACCACCGUUACUCUCCGCCUUCAUCCUCUCCCCAAUCAUCCUCGACCACUAUCUCGUUCCUCGUUCAUCAAUUCCCACGUCGGCAUCCUACGGCGGCGCCUCCGCACAACCACCCCUCUUCUGCAUCUCGAGAGAGACCGUAAUUCGAUUCAUGAAGCUCGCGCUUGGGGCGCGAAUUCUCGAAGUGGUGUGGUAAUGGGCGAUUACGGCGAUGAUAUUGAUGAAGACGAUGAUGAAGAUGAAGAGGAAGAAGAGGAAGAUCGAAGCUUGGACCUGCUGAUUAGGUUUGUGGAGAAUGUGUUCAGAAAAGUGUCCAGAAAAGCACGCAAGGCUGUUAAAUCCGUUUUGCCAGUGCCUAUCUCCACUAAAUUGGUGGGGUUUGCAGUGAACGGGACCAUAAUUUUGACAUUUUUGUGGGUUCUGAGAGCUUUUCUCGAGGUAAUUUGCACCCUCGGGAGUGUGGUGUUUGCAAGUAUAUUGCUUAUCCGUGGUGUAUGGACCGGGAUUUCCUAUUUCCAGGAUAGCCGUAGUUACAGGCCAAACGACGAAGAUCCCCAAUCAUGGCCCGGCACCAGACCAGCUAUUUAAAAUUACCGUUUUAUCCCUCUUCGAGAAUAAAAGAGUCGAUAAAGGUCUCAAAUAUGCUCAAGAAGCGACUCCCAACACACACACACACACACACACACACACACACACACACACUAUAUCAACCAUACAAGUCCAUUAUUCAGGUACAUACAAAUUUGUGGAGAAAACAAGCAAAUUCUGCUGUACUCUUUUUUUUUUUCUUAAUAUUUUGUAAAAGGAUCUUUCUUGGAAUAUGUAAAACCAGCAUUUGGAACAAGAAUGUUCUAAUUGCAUGUGGUGACUAAUAAUUGAGCUAGUUGUGAAUGUGUGGGCCCUACUUCUCAUAAUUCAUAAAUAAACAAACAGGGGAAAAUAUUAGUUGUAAGAAGAAGUCUGUUUGUGUAGACAUUUCAUGUGCUCUUAAGUUAUCUUUGUGAG